UCUCAAGCCAUCUCUCAUGCUCCAUUCCGAGACUCACAAGACAUCAUAUUCUGGCUUGAACGACAGGAAGAAUCCACUUUUGCUUCACCGUCCCAUCACAAGGCAGAACCAGAUCUUACCAUGGCAACAACCGCCCCUCGGCCAACCGUCGACCGGCUCGACCGACCCAGUGCAUACUACAGCCAGAAGAACAGGCGGAGGCGGCCAGACCCUCGCGAUCAGAGAGAUGGAGAUGCAGAGAUGGCCAAUGGCGCGGCCGAGGAGCCUGAAGACCCCCUUAGAAACGCCACCACACUUUACGUGGGCAACCUCUCAUUCUACACGACGGAAGAGCAGGUGUACGAGCUCUUCUCCAAGUGCGGCGAGAUAAAACGUCUCAUCAUGGGCCUUGACCGCUUCAACAAGACGCCCUGCGGGUUCUGCUUUGUCGAGUACUACACGCACCAGGACGCGCUGGACUGCAUGAAGUACAUUGGUGGCACAAAGCUGGACGAGCGCAUCAUCCGCACCGAUCUUGACCCGGGUUUCGAAGAGGGCCGCCAGUAUGGCAGGGGCAAGAGUGGUGGCCAGGUGCGUGAUGAGUACCGUGAUGAUUACGACGAGGGCCGAGGCGGCCUGGGCCGGGCGCUCCAGAGCGAGCGCAUGCGCGACAACGAGCGCCAUAGGGAGAGAGACACCGAGUACGGCGACGACACGUAUCGGCCGAGGUGAAGGGACGACGAUUUGCCUAUUUCGUGUACAGUAUUCUGCCACAAGAAGCGAGGUCGGAUCAUGACAAGUUAUGCGGAGGGUGGCAGGGAGGACUUUACCUGCAAUCAAAAUCUGAAUGACGCCCCGCACACGCACUUAUGGGACAAGCCCUGACAUUGUUGCAACUACCGCCGA